AUAUGAAUGAGCGUGUUGCGCCAGCACAAACUGGCCCGCAAUCAUAUAAAAUCAGUGAACAAGUCAUGCCUGCUAAUCCUCACAGCCUGUCACUAUUAUCCAAGCUAGUUGGGAUACUGCCACAAAGCCAUGUCAGACAAAACACCUUCCCGGGACGUUUCUCCAACCAUUGAAGUACCUGACAUGUCAUCGUCAGCCGACGGUGACUCUGUUCAUCCGUCCAAGUUGUCGGUCGAGAUCACUGACAUCAAAGCGAGUGGGCUGCCAGAAAAAAUCGGGUUAUUCAGUGGUCAAUUUUACGUCCGCAUAAAGGGAGACAAAUUCACGAAGCAAUCGAAGACUACCAAUUAUGCCAAAGAUGGCGAGUAUGUUGCCGUUUGGAAGGAUAGUAUAACCUUUGAUGCCAUGGAGUCCUCUUCGAUUGAAAUAGAGGUCUUUGCUCGCCGUUGCUUCUUCAGCUACAAGGUCAUCAAGAAGACGGAGAACAAUCAAAGUCUUGGUGACCUCCUUGAGAAUGUCAAUACACCGGUUGUACUUGAGCUGCUGGGGAAUGGUGAACCUACGGGUAAAGUCACGUUCCACAUUUCCAAGAGUAAGGCAGCCACGUUCAAAGGGGAUUAGUAGGAGAUAUACGAGGUUGUACGGCAAAUGGAUAGGGUUGGCCACGGUCAAGAAUUUUCGAAGACGAGGACCUUGAUGGAUAGGUACCACAUAUGCGCAAUUUCAGGUAUCCUUCUGUAGCUAUAAUUAUAGCAAGCUCUUAAAAAUAAAUACCCUUUCUUCACGGUAUCCCUCAAACACAAAGACCAUACCUGCAUAUUACGCCAAUAACCUAUAAGAGCACACAGCACGACCUGCGGAGAUCAGGAAUAUCAAUGAUACUGCGCCGCAGUCAGAUCAAGGGGAAAGGCCGAUACGUUUAGGCCACAGCUUGGCCGAAGGCGGAGUUUAAAUGAUGACUAA